GUGGCCCCCGGAAGCUAGGCCGGCCGCGGGGCGGCCGCGCGGCUGAGUGCUGGGAUGGCGCGCCAGGUGCCCAUCAGCUUCAUGGACUUGGCCGUGCGGUUCUCCGAGGAGGAAUGGAGGCUGCUGGAGGAGCGGCAGCGGGAGUUCUACCGAGACGUGAUGCGGGAGAACUACGAGACGCUGGUCUCCGUGGGGACAGAUGAGCUGCUUCCCCUUUCUGCUUUUCUGUCACCUACGGAGCCUGGAGCAGCUAUGGGAGGAGGGAGUCACGGUGAUGAGGGGCAGGAGCCUCCUGUAAAGGGAAGCCCCCCGGGAAGACAGCCUCGGCACAGCCUGCACCUCACCGCCCUGGUGCAGUUGGUGAAGGGGAUCCCAGAGUUCUUGUUCCGGGAAGUCAAGGGCACUGAGGACAGCCCUGAGAGCAGGGGAACCAGCCUGGACGGGGAAAGAGCGAGCCCUGAGGUGACCAUGGAAGUGGAGUCUUGCCCUCCCCCAGGUCUGCUCAGCUGCCUUCCGGACAGCCCUGUGAGCCAGCCCAGCCUGGCCACUACACCGACCAGCAGUUCGUCCUCCAGUGGCCCGCCUGGAGAUGGGGGGCCCGGAAGACCCCUCCUCAUCAAAACUGGGGACAAACCAUGGCCAACAGGAAGGGGAGGCCCAGGAACGCCUGCUGAGGAGCUGAGCCCUCCCACCUGCAGCUCUGGCCAGAGGAAGAACCACCAAAUCCAGGAGAGAGGGACCUCAAGGACUGGAAUCUCUCCUGGGAAUAGCCCCUUGCAAGGCCUCAUCAACUGUCUGAAAGAAAUCCUUGUGCCUGGGCCCCAGAAUGCUGAGGCAGCACCAAACUUACUACCUGCUGUCCCUCUCCUGGGUGCAUCAAGGUUGACCACGGUGAAGCCGGGGCCAGCAAGCCCACCCUGGCCAGUGAAGACUGAGUCACCUUCGGGGGAUCCUCCUCUCCAGGGUCUGCUGAACUGUCUGAAGGAGAUCCCAGAGGCCCAGGACAGGUGUCCCAACCCCUCAGGAGCAGGGGACCUGCUGCUACAAGAGGAUCCAGGGACCUUGAAUAAGAAUUCCGAAGGGUCCAGACACCUCCAGACCCCUCCUUCCUGCCCUGGUACUGAAGCUGGCAGCUCAUUCACUGUGGUCAAGGUAGAGGACAGCUGGUCCCAGAGCCACUUGGAGCCUGUGUCCUGCCAGCUUGGUAGGCAGGGUCAUAGCCUCUCUGCUACCAGAGACACCAAAGGGAUCGGAACACACUGCUGGGGCCCCACAGCUCAAGCCAGCAGGGCCUCAAGCUCACCACUGGCAGCUCUGGAGGCCUGUCUGAAAGGCAUUCCCCCAGGUGGGUCAUCACCACUCCGGACACUGGCCACCUCUGUGUCCCAGCGGUCAGAGCUGCAGUCUCAAGGAUCACACAGUGAAGAGGCCACCAAGGAGCCACCUCUGCCUCUGGGCCUGCAGGGCUAUGUGAGAGAGAGUCUGGCUCAACCCUCAGGCUCCCGAGGCACCCCCACCAGCUUUUCCUCAGCCUGCAGCACCGAUGGGGACCUGGAUUUUGGGAGUCCUGGGGGGAGCCAGGGACAGCGGCCUGGAAAAGGAUGCCUGCCAGGAAGCUCCCCACUCCAGGGGCUGGAGAACUGUCUCAAAGAGCUGCCGGUACCCAGGCAGCAGCCUGCCCGGGCUUGCUUCUCAGCAGCAGACAGGGAGCCCAGGAGAGUGGAACCUAAGAAUUGGAUGGCGUACAAGGAAGGACUGAGGGGUGAGGCCUCUGAGUCAUCCUGCCUCAGACAGGGUGGAGAAGUGCCUGCCGGGAGCCUGCAUCUGACCAGCCCACAGGCAUUCACCUCCAGCUGCAUCCGCACCUGCCACCAAGGGUUCAAAGAACAGGGGACCAUCAGGCCGGAGCCAUGGAAAUGGCUGCAAGAUGGGGCAGCCCCCAGGCCCUCCCCACUGCACUGUCUAGAGACCUCUCUGAGGGGGAUCUUGCCUGUGAGGCCCUUGCGCUUCGCCUGCUUGGUGGGCCCUGGCCCUGGCCCUGGCCCCAGCCCCAGCCCUGGCGCCAGCUCAAGCCUCAGCAGCUCUGAUGAAGAUGCACGGAUGGAACCCGAGCCCUGGCGGCCACCCCUUCAGGAGAUAGAGCACCUUCGCAGCUGCAAGCAUCCAGUUCCUCUGUCCCCUGGCCCUGGCAGGUCCCCCAGAGGCAACAGUAGCAGCAGCCCUCGUGAUGGGCCUGAAAGAAGAGAGCUUGAGGACCGCAGUGGCCUUGGUGCAAUAGGAAAAGCAGAAGGGACAGGAGACAAGCCCCGGUCACCCAGGAGAGAAGAGGCCGCAGAGAGUGCCUGCCUACCCAUCCCUCUCAGCAGUGCCGCAGGAGAAGGAGAGGCAGCGGGCCAUCCCUGGCCUGCCCCUCAGCUGGAAAAAAGGCCCGGUUCCGGGGGAGGUGAAGAACCCAGAAGCCAAGAGCCUGGAUGUGGAAGGCACAGUGUUGCAGCCAGGACCCAAAGGAGGCAGCUCCCCAGGGACCCACCUGAGCCACCCAGCAAGUGUCCCCUUCCGGCAGCUGUCUCACCGUUGUGGCCAGCUGCCUCCCCGCAGCCACCAUGCCCCUGUGGGAGGGCCCUGCAACAGGAGCUGCACAGUCUUGGUGCUGCGCUCACAGAGAAGCUGGACCAGCUGGCCACAGCCCUGGCAGGACUGGCUCAGGAAGUAGCCACAAUGAGGACCCAAGUGGAUCGGCUGGGGAGGCGCCACCAGGGUCCUGGGCCAAAGCGCCAGGCUUCCUGGCCCUGGUCACUCCCCCGGGGGCCUCGCUGGGCCAAUGGACUGGGUCACAGACACGUGCCCUAUUGGAGGCAAAAGGGCCCUGCCAGACCUAAACCAAAGAUCCUGCGGGUCCAAGCAGAAGGCUGCCGGACAGGUGACCCCCUGGGACUCCCCAGAGGGAGGGUCCACCUGGUGCCCCCUGAUGCUCCCCCAGCAGAACCUUCCAGACCCAGACCCAGCCCAUCCCAGCAGCCCCCCUCCAUGGCACCCAACUGCCACACUGUGCUGACUGGGCACCCCCUUCUCGGACAUCCUGGGUGCCAAGGCCCUCUCCCCACUUUUGUGCCUGCCGCCUCCCCCCUGAUGACUCUUGCAACAAGUGCAGACUUGGAGCCACUGCCUGCAGGGGCAGCACCAGUCAGGGUCCAAACCAGGCAGGGAUCUUUGCAGCCUGCUGGGAGAGCCCUCCUGGGGACCCUCUGGGGUGGUGAACACAGGAGCCCACGGUGAGGCCCCUCAGCAGCUCAGCUGUCUGAGGGUGCAGGGCAGCCUGGGUGCCCCUUGCCAGCCCCAGGCUGCCCUCUACCAGGAUGGGCCUUCCUCCCCUGCUCUGCUGGCGUCCCCUUGCCAGACGCCCGCCCUUUGCCCUGGUUGUGCCAGCUCAGUGGCGUCUGCUCAGGAGGCUGCUGUGGGGUGCACUCCUCACUAUGCCUCUGGUGUCUUGGCUCAGGUUCAGUCAGAUGCUGCUCCCUCCUGUCCUCACGAGGACCAUCCACACUCAGGUGGUGGUGUGUGCGCGCACAGAGCCGUGUAUCGGGACCA